AUGUUGAAAUACCUAAGUUUGGUUUUACUCGCAGUGCAGACGACACUUGUGAUCAUGGUGAUGCGUUAUGUAAGGACUCAGAAAGGUGACAUGUUCAUUGCAUCCACAGCUGUUAUCCAGUGCGAGGCGUUCAAAAUGAUGGCUUCAUUGGCCAUCAUCCUUUACCAAGAAAAGAGUGUAUCAAACUCAGUUCGCCAUUUGGUGAAAAGUAUUAUUGACCAGCCUGUGGACUGCUUACGUAUGUCCAUCCCUGCCAUUAUAUAUGUCUUCCAAAAUAAUCUGUUCUAUGUUGCCGUUUCAAAUCUUGAUGCAGCUACAUGUCAGGUAACAUAUCAACUGAAGAUUUUUACUACAGCGAUAUGUUCUGUCAUUAUGUUGAAGACGACGAUUUCAAGGCUUCAAUGGAUAUCCUUGUGUAUUUUAUUUGUAGGCGUGUCAGUUGAACGGUUACCAUUGACAGAAUCUUCAAAAGGAGCCGUACUGGACGAGGACAAAAAUCGAGUAGUUGGUAUAAUCUGUGUCGUUACUUCAUGCUGUCUUUCGGGUUUCUCUGGUGUUUACUUUGAAAAGAUUUUGAAAGGAACCAAAAAAUCGAUUUGGUUGAGAAAUGUACAACUUGGGAUGUUUGGAAUAGCCGUAGGAUUCAUUACCAUGGGCUUCAAAGAUGGUGUCAAAGUAAUUGAGAAAGGAUUUUUUCAUGGCUACUAUAGUGUUGUGUGGUUUGUUAUAUUUUUACAAUCGUUUGGUGGGUUAUGUACUGCAGUCGUUGUAAAAUAUGCAAACAAUAUACUGAAAGGCUUUGCCACUUCCGGUGCUAUUGUUUUAUCUUGUAUAAUUUCAGUAUAUCUUUUUGAAUUUCAUUUGACAAACGAAUUCACUAUUGGGGCUUUGCUUGUUGUAUUAUCCGUCUUCAUGUAUAGUAAAUGCUCCGUGAAAUAA